CGAGGCAGAGAAGAGUCUCUCCACAUCCGAACAGCUCAAGAAACACCAGCAGAGACCCACUGCUCUGACUGUGGGAAGAGAUUCCACUAUUCAGGAGACCUUAAAAUACAUCAACGAAUUCACACUGGAGAGAAACCUCAUGGCUGUGAUGAAUGUGGGAAGAGUUUCAUUCAGCUACAAACCCUGAAAUCACACCAGAGAAUACACACUGGAGAGAAACCUUUUGGCUGUGAUCAAUGUGGGAAGAGUUUUACUCAGCUAAACAGCCUGAUAGUACAUCAACGGACACACACAGGAGAGAAACCUUAUAGCUGUAAUCAAUGUGGGAAGAGAUUUUCAACAUCUAGCUAUCUAACUAUACACCAGAGAACACACACAGGAGAGACAUCAUAUAGCUGUGAUCAAUGUGGGAAGAGUUUUACUCAGCUAAACAACCUGAUAGUACACCAGCGUACACACACAGGAGAGAAACCUUAUGGCUGUGAUCAGUGUGUGAAAAGUUUUUAUACAUCUAGCCAGAUGACUUCACACCAGAGAACACACACAGGAGAGAAAUCUUAUAGCUGUAAUCAGUGUGUGAAGAGUUUUUAUACAUCUAGCCAGCUGACUUUACACCAGAGGACGCACACAGGAGAGAAACCUUAUAGCUGUGAUCAAUGUGGGAAGAGUUUUACUACAUCUUGCCAGCUGACUUCAAACCAGAGAACACACACAGGAGAGAAACCUUUUAGCUGUACUCAAUGUGGGAAUAGUUUUAGUCACCCAAGCACCCUAAUAUCACACCGGAGAACUCACACUGGAGAAAAACCUUAUAGCUGUGAUCAGUGUGACAAGAGAUACUCUGAUAAAAGAUCUCUGAUCAAACAUCAGAAAAUACAUACAUGAAGGAGUUGUUUCAUGAUAUCAAUGAAAUGAUGUCACAAUGUCCUGCUAAUUCUGAGUUUUAUGGUGUCCAUGCUUCCUGCAGCUAGUCUGGGUGUGGAAGACAUGGGUUUCAUUAGAGAUGGCUUGAAGCUGACAACUGAUUGAUGUCUCGUGAUUAAAAACCAAACAGCCACAUUCCAUUCUAUGAUUAGUGGUGCAGAUGAGACAUAUGUCUCCGGUCUGAUUGAGCCUGCAUUCCAUAGACAAGAUAUGGUGUAUGUUUCGCUGGGAUAGAGAGGAGUAGAACAAAGGCCUCAAUGGUCCUUAGACAUCCUGGCAUCUGGGAAAUUAUGCCAGGAUCUGGGGUUAAGAUAACACCUGGGAAAUUAGGCCAGGGUCGGGGGUUAAGAUAACACCUGGGAAAUUAGGCCAGGGUCGGGGGUUAAGAUAACACCUGGGAAAUUAGGCCAGGGUCUGGGGUUAAGAUAAUACCUGGGAAAUUAGGCCAGGGUCGGGGGUUAAGAUAACACCUGGGAAAUUAGGCCAGUGUCAAGAUAACAUCUGGUAAAUUAGGCCAGGGUCUGGGGUUAAGAUAACACCUGGUAAAUUAGGCCAGGGUCUGGGGUUAAGAUAACACCUGGUAAAUUAGGCCAGGGUCUGGGGUUAAGAUAACACCUGGUAAAUUAGGCCAGGGUCUGGGGUUAAGAUAACACCUGGUAAAUUAGGCCAGGGUCUGGGGUUAAUAUAACACCAGGUGCAGAUGAGCCCAGAGUGGCUUAUGGUGCCCCCCAAUCCAUAUGGGAGGGGUGGAGCCAAGCAUUCUGGGUAUUAGCAAUAUAAACUGUGCGUUGUCUGUACAGGGUAGACUCUCAGACUAACAGUCAGUUAAGACUGUUGGGCUGACGGUUUCAUUAUUGCAAUAAUUAAUCGAUAUUAAAUAAAGAUGAUUGUUUGA